AUGAUAUUUUAUGAAUUUGUUUCAUUAGUCAGUUUACCAACACUACGUUGGGCGUGGUAUAUUAAAGUGAGGGUUUUGGUAGGCAGUUCUGCAGAUGAGUCAGUUGUCAGAGCAACGUUAAAAGACAGCAACACCGGGGACAUAUAUGGCAUACGUGAGGAUACGACUUCAAGUAAGACAGUGUGCCUGGAGUUUAAAGAAAAUAGUGAUUAUCUGCCAUGGUCUACUAGCCUCGUUGAAAUAGAUGUCCAAAACAAAACAUGCAGUGUCAGUAAAGUAUCUCUGACUCUUGGAAUGUACCAAAUUACGUCAACCACACACGUGUUUGCCUUCAUAUCGACCAUGCAACCUUCAAGCAAAGGAAUCGCAAGUGGGAUAUACAGUUCCUUUGGAAGCAGUAUAAUAGUUGCAAGGAGAAGGGCGAAGGCAAAGUGUGAGUGUAGUCAUGAUAUGCUCAGUUGUACAAAACCUAGACCAUCGCUAGGAGUAGGAGUAACAAUAACAUGUCAGCCGACACCAGUUUGCCAAUAUGGUAGCUGGUCUAAAUGGAACAACGUGACUGAGUGUUCUGUUACCUGUGGUGGUGGUAUUAUGACUAAAGAACGUACUCGGACUUAUACUGGCACGUGUGACGGUGUUACUCAUCAGACUGAAACUGAACGAUGUAAUAAUUCAUCAUGUCCGCUUGUAUGUACUUCGCUACCAGAGACGUAUAUACAAGUGUUCCCCAGUGGAUGCACACCUAAAACGUAUGAUGUGAAAAAAUGUAGUGGAAAGGUAUGUGUCCCAAGAAAUCAAAAGAGUGACCCAGGAUCACUCGAGGGUGAGGUAGAAUAUUGCUAUGGACCCACUGAACAGUCCAGUAUCACGGCAAGGUGUACUAAUGGUAGAAAUGUUGAAAAUAUAGAUGCUAUCGUAACAAAGUGCUGUGGUUGUAUAAUAUGCAACAAAAUAAAUGACUCGACCACAUCAUCAUUUUCGAAACAAGAUCGAUCGGUUACUUUCUAUGGAAGAGUAUUUGGCGUCGAUGACAAUAAGCCAUUGAUAUUUGGAGAGGUAUCUUUGGGAACGGCUUUCAAAACAUUCACAGGCUUCACGGGUAACUUCCACUUUAAAGUACCACAGGGCCAGACGCGUAUAGUUGUGAAUGUCAGAUCAAGUAGAUGGUUUCCCCAAAAUCUAGUAGCAACAACCAAAGUAUUUCAUAUACCUGCAGACCAUAUUGGAGAAUUUUAUAAAGAUAUUCCUAUGAUGACAAAAUCUAAACCUGUACUUGUUAACUCAAUGGAUACGAGUCGACUCACUGUAGCAACUGUAAACACCUCAGCAAGUGAACCUCUUGUUCAAAUAUUGAUUCCAUCAAAUCAAUUUGUAAAUAGCAAAGGUGAGGAAUUCACAGGCCAAGUCAAUACUUUUUAUAACUUUGUAGACCCAAGAGACCUUUCGGCAGUUGACUCAAUAGUAGGAGACCUAACAUAUGAGGACGAAAAUGGCAGGACAGGCCCCCUACAGACUUCUGGGAUGUUUCGGUUGGGUUUUGAGAGCUUAAAUGGUGAUGAACUAAAAUUGAGUGGCAGUAUUGAUGUUGCGAUCAAGGCAGAUUUUAUUGACUUGACCAAAGAUCCCCCUGUUCAACUUUACACGUUUAACGAGACAACUGGUCGAUGGGGAAAUCCAACUAAACUUAAACGAGCAUCUAGUAGGCAAAAGAGACAAGCAAGAUUCCCAAGCACCUUUCUAGUGGGGAAUGCGAUACUAAAUGACAGCUACUGGGUUAACUUUGACAAUGAGAUAUUGAACUAUUGUUUUAUAAACAUGAGAAUGUAUGAUUCUUCAGACAGGGAGAUAGCAUGGACGCCCUCUACUGACUUGACAGUCAUGGGAUUGGGCAACAGACCAGGAAUUAGUGGAUGGGAAAGCAUCACAACUGGAGGAAUGACUCGUGACAGCUAUUCAGGUUUAAAGACGACAGAAAACUGCGUCUUGACAAUCUGUGGAGCAAACAAUUUCAAUGCGUACUUGUUUGCCGCAAAUGAAAAUGGCCCAUUCUCUCCAUCAGUCGCACUAGGUGGACGUACCCCUGAAUAUGCACCUGUUAACAGCAUACCUGGAUUCACUGUUUCUGUUCCAGGAACUACCCACAAUGGACCACUCCAUACAUCUGCCCCUCUAGGUGCCCCACUAGCUAACACGAACGGACCAGUAUACCACACUGUUGAGUCUAUUAGUAGACUUGACAACCCACUGGCAUGUGAUAGCAAUGAACACAUUAAUUAUUGCCGCUUCAAUUGUCGUACACGUGUUUCUUCAAAUCCAAAAUGUGCCCUCUGUGAACAAACUGAUGCUUCAGGCUAUGUUGAUGGUCAACGCAAGUGUGAUUUUCACGGCUGGUGGUCGUUAUUGCGAUGCCAGGAAGCAACAAACAGGGAUCCUCAUUACAAAUUUUAUAAAAAAGAGGACACGUUGAUAGAGUACUCUGAGUGUCUAACAAUUCUACAAAUCGAAGGGAUUUCUCCUUCUUGUCAAGGGAUGCCCUCAAAAUCGCAUUUGGCUUGGUUUCCAAAAGCUCCAGAAAUAUAUAGAGCAUAUUAUAUAAAAAUUAAAGUAAUGGUCAAGGGUCGUCCAUCAGAUGAGUCGGUAGUCAGGGCCACAUCUAGACCUAGCAGUAGCACAAAUGAAUUAUAUGGCAUACGUGAAGAUACGACCUCUAAUGGGACAGUGUGUCUGGAGUAUAAAAGCAGUGGUGAUAUAUUUAUAUAUAAAGCACCAAAUUUUGUUAAGUCUACUGCGACUACCCUUGUUGAAAUAGAUGUCCAAGCCACGGCAUGUGAAAUCCGUGUAGUGGCUCCUGUUCUUCAAAGUACCUACCGCAUACCGUCUGAAGAACAUUUGCUUGAAUUCAAACCUCCUUUGGGCUCGCAACAUGAAGGGAAUGAUAGUGGGUUAUACCAUGCGGAUAAAAAAAAUAUGAGGGAUGCCAAGAAUUUGGCGAAGUCAAUGUGUGAGUGUAGUGAUAUCAAAUUGGCAAGCCCUAAGGACUGUAGUCCUCCUCUUUCGACAGGCCAUGCUAUUGAAGUGACAUGUUCAAAACCUUAAUAGCCUUAGUGAAGUUAAUGCUAUACAAAAUAGUCUAUUGGAAAAUUUAGGCACGGGUUUGGGGAAAAUGCUUACGGAUUUGGGUUAAAAAGCCAUUAUAGGCGUGUUUUUGUCAUUAGAAAAAUUUUGCAACUCACUUAAUAGCAU